AUGUCGCAGCCUCCGCCGGGCGCGGGGCAGCUCAAUGACCUGCCCGACAACUCUCCGCGGGUGCGCGGGGCCGUGUCCGAGCUGCGGCGGCGGGCGGAGGCAGAGCCCUGCCAGCGCUGGCCGCAGCCGCUCUCCGAUGCCUUCCUGGUGCGGUUCCUGCGCGCCCGAGACUUCCACCUGGAGCUGGCCUGGAGGUUAUUGAAGAAUUAUCAGAAGUGGAGAAUUGAAUGCCCAGAAAUAAGUGCAGUUUUACAACCAUCUUCUGUUCUUGGUCUUUUGCAAGCUGGCUAUCAUGGAGUCCUAAGGUCAAGAGACCCACAUGGAAGCAAAGUUCUAAUAUACAGAAUUGGACAAUGGGAUCCCAGUUUAUUUACAGCAUAUGAUGUGUUUCGUGUAAGUCUCAUCACAUCUGAACUCAUUGUAAGGGAGAUCGAGACUCAGCGAAAUGGAGUCAAGGCCAUCUUUGACCUUCAAGGAUGGAGAUUUGCUCAUGCUUUCCAGAUUAGUCCAGCAGUGGCCAAGAAAAUUGCUGCUGUUCUUACAGAUUCCUUUCCACUGAAAGUUCGAGGUAUCCACUUGAUUAAUGAGCCUUUAUUCUUCCACCCAGUCUUCGCUCUAAUUAAGCCUUUUCUCACUGAAAAAAUAAAGCAACGGGUGUACAUGCAUGGAAAUAACUACUUGCAGAGUCUGACCGAGCACUUCCCCGUCAGCAUUCUUCCACAGGAAUAUGGAGGGGAGGAAGUCUCCAUUGAAGAGCUGGCCAAGGAAUGGACCGACUUCAUAAUGGCGUCUUCAGAUUAUCUUCAGAGCAUUUCUCUGGUUGCCUAGAAAUAACCUUACUACAGUAUUUUAUCAAUUCUUGAACACUGGAAUUAGAAAUAAGUUUAAUGUGAAAACUUCCAUUGUGAAUGAAACCAGUAUGUCUUUGCAGGGCACUCAGUGAAUGUUAAAUUGGCUGCACUUUCAUACUAAUUGGAGUCUAUCAGUUUGUAUGUCUGAAGAGAUUAAUGAAUUUUACCUAUUUCUUGCGCUGUUUGUAAUUGAGUAACUUGGAGUGCCAGAAAGCUAAAGAGUGCAUUGGAUAUCAGGUUGAUACUGCUGCUGUUAGGUCUUUGGAGACAACUCAUCUGUAAUAAUGCAGUCCAGAACCUUACACUUAGCUCUUGUAUCUUGGCUUGUCAAGACAAUAGGAUACAACAUAAAGAACAGACCGUGAAUAGGGCACUUUGUUGCAGAAGUAAGACUACAGGGCUAAUUUACAAGGAGUGAAGAGGCUGCUUUUUUUUUUUGAUUGAUUCUCAGGAAAAAAUGCUGUUUUAUUAGUUUGUGUCAAAUCGAAAAUUAGUCAGCAAUAGUGAGACAUUUGUGUUACUCUUUGUGCUGCUUGUGCAGCUUCCCUUUUUGUGCUAAUUAACAGAAUGAUCUUCAAGUUUUACAGAGAAAAUACCACCUACAUAUUUUUCAAAGGACAGUGUGAAUCAGGAGGAGGAACUGGUAAGAGUCAAAACAACCUUGAAAUUUCUUAUUUUCUUUCUUCAAAGUGAUACUGUCUAUGGACAACUGUAAACAACUCAGAUAAUUAUUGUUCAAUCCCUAGUGUAGAGGACUGCAGAGAUCAAAAGGUUUCAGCUGUUUGCAUUAUCUGUUUGUUUCAGGGGUAAAGUAGGUUAUCCUUUGCAGAUCUGAACUUUAGAAAUAUCUGUUGUUAUGUUUUAAGGGGGAUGCUUUGAGGUCACUGUGGACCUCAGCAUAGAAGAUGCUUAUUUUCAAUACAGUAAUUGACAACUUGCCAGUCUAUUUGCUGCUGGGUACUGAAAGAAAUUAUUUUUAAUUUCCAUUGAGACCACAUCUUCUUUUUUGUAGGGGCAAUAAAAAAAACAAACAAAACCAUCGCCAUACUUACUGAAAACAGGUUUUUGUUUUGUUUUCAAGGGACAUUGCUGACAUAUGAACACUGCAUGUGUAAGCUACCACUCACACUACAUAGUACUGUCAUGCUGCAAUCCCCUGUAUUUAGUAUCUCAACCAUUAUUUUACUUUUUCUCUCAGCUUUUUCCUAAAAUCUGUUUGUACACCAACUGCUAGAGUUCAUUUACCCAGUUCUUAACUCUGUUUUGUUUUUGCAUAAGUACUAUACAUUUAAGCAUUCCAUAUGAAUUUUCGUAUAAAUAAAUCCAUAAGAAAUGUUUUUAUCUCAGGUAGCUAGAAAUUAUAAAUAAAUAACUUCAGAUAUUUUGUACUCUUUAGGACAUUGGGAUGGUAUAUAUAGGCAUGGGGACAGAAAUGAAACUAUCCUAUUAUAUUAGAAAUGUCUUACUUUAGAUUAUGAUUAAUAAGGCACUAUUGCAAGAGUCUGGAAACAGUUGGAAACUGUUCUUUAUUAGCAGGAGGAACAUCUAUGAAAGAUCCAUUACAGUAUUUGUUGGUUGUAGUUUUUUCUGCUGUGGUAAGAUCAAUGCCAGAAAUUCUUUCAAAACUAACAACUUCUUUUUUUCUUCCAAUUUCUGAAUUUCCUCAAGUGCCUUUUCAAAUUUUCUCUUUCAAAGUAGUUUUGAUAUGGGGCCUAAAAUUAAAGAAACCUUUUUCAGAUAUAUAAUUCUAUGAAAAUGUAUUUAAUAUAUAUUUCUUUUUCUCAGAUCAAACUAUUUUGCGAUAUAAAAGCUCCUUAAAUAGAGGAGUUCAAUGAACUGCAAAUUCUUCUUUAUAAGAAAAUAGACCAAGUAGUCAGGUAUCUGGCAAUUGUUCAAGUGUCUAACUCAAGUUCCAAGUAAUUUACCAGCUGGAGAACCGAAGCUAUUGGCUUAAUAUCACAGUCCUUCAAUUUUAAUGCGUUAAUAUAAGGUGCACAAAGGAAUGAACCAUGUUUCAGUGAACAAGAAAAUUUUAAAAAUUUAAACAUUUCCUAUGGAACCCAAUCUCUGAUUGCUGCUGGUUUACAUAGCAGAAACCUCAUUUGAUUGCAUAUGUAUAUGAAUGUGCAUAUUUAGCUGGGGCUUUUUAAUCUCUAUUUGGACUUCAGCAGCUCUGUGGAUAUAAAGUCCUAAAUGUCUUCAAAAAUACCGCGAUCCAGUUAAGUGGUAGCGUGUUUGUAUGACUCAACAGUUAGAGCACUGAGUGCAGUUAUUUUUUUCCUGAACUGUUAAUUAUUUUUUAAUGUUUACAUAUUAUAUAGGAGGUGGGAGCUCUUAAUUGCCAUUGCUGCUAAUAAUAAGGACACAAGAUAAUUGGAACAUUUACAUAAUGAACAGUGGAGAUGUUGGUAUGAUGCGUGGUGGUGUUGCAGCUUUGAGCAGCAAUCAACAAAACAAAGAUCCCUAAGUGCAUGAUUCUUUAUAAACAUCAGGAGUGCCUCUAAAAAAAAACAAAAACUAUGUUAAAUGUUAAACUGUUAAACGAUGCAAAUAUAAUUCACUACUGACUGUGAGCAAGAUGUAAUGCACCAUUUUUAAGAUUUCUCUCUCUUUUUAAAAAUUUAUUAACGCACGUUUUAAUUAAUAAACCCUUUAUGGUUGAA